UUUUAGCGCUGACAGAUUUAGUGAGUGAAGAUGUCCGGGCGUGGGAAGCAGGGCGGGAAGGCGCGUGCCAAGGCCAAGUCACGCUCGUCGCGGGCCGGGCUGCAGUUCCCCGUGGGCCGCGUCCAUCGCCUGCUGCGAAAAGGCAACUACGCGGAGCGGGUGGGCGCCGGCGCCCCGGUGUACCUGGCAGCCGUGCUGGAGUACCUGACGGCCGAGAUCCUGGAGCUGGCGGGCAACGCGGCCCGCGACAACAAGAAGACUCGCAUCAUCCCGCGGCACCUGCAGCUCGCCAUCCGCAACGACGAGGAGCUCAACAAGCUGCUGGGCAAGCCGCCGGCGGCCAGCGCCUUCUUGAGCGCGGCGAGGGAAAGCCCCUUGCGUUCCUUGGAGGCGGACACGGCCUUGGUGAUCAGCUCUGUGACGCUAGGGCCCGCGGGCUUCCGGGCUUUGGAGCCGCCCGCCGCUUUCUUCGGUUUCUUGGCGGCGGCCUUGGCACCGGGAGCCGGCGCGUCGGGGGCAGCGGCAGGAGCGGUCUCGGACAUGGUAGCGGCAGCAGCAGCGUCCUCUGCGGAGCAGGCAACGCAAUUGGGUUGGCGCGGGUCAGCUGCUCGUAUUUUUAGCGAGGAGCCGCGCGGUGAUUGGUGCGUUGCAGAGCCCGCCUCUCUGUACGGCCGGGGAGCCUUUCGGUGUGCUCGAUUUGUGUUUCUUUGGACUCACAAAAGUGUAUUUUCCUCGGAAUUUCUGCCACCAAAUCACCCCGUUUCCCUGGUGAGGUAGGAGAAGACAAGGUACUUGCGUUCGGGAGAGUUUCCAGCCGGAAACAUGCAGGCUGAAGUGAAGGAGAGGCAAUAAAUCCCGUGUGCUGCUGCUGGAGAGACCUCUGAAGAGAGAAACUUUUGUUUUUCCUUGCAAAUUAAAAAUUUUCUUUUGACAUAAGUGUUA